AGAUGAAAGGAUGAAACAGUUGGGUUCUCUCCAUUACGGAGGACCCCACACCCAGACUGUCCAAUUCAUAUCUUUCUUCCCCAAAUACCAAAAGAGAUGGAUUGAUUGAUUCGACUCGCCGACUCGACCCCAACAAUUUUAUUUAUUUAUUUAUUUUUAAUUUCAAAUCAAAUCCUAAAACUAAGCAGCACGCAUCUCCCUCACUCCUCCACACAGAAAAAGAGACUGUCAAAUCAAAACGACAAGAGCAAUAGUGGACAAUGGUGUCGUACGUGAGCGCGUUUCUGUACGGAGUCGGAGGCAUAGUAGUAGCAGGGAUGGCUUUGCUUGUAGCCUUUCAAGAGAAGCUCGUCUACGUCCCGGUCUUACCCGGUCUCACUAAAUCCUACUCGAUCACUCCUGCUCGACUCCGUCUCCUUUACGAGGACGUUUGGCUCCGAUCCUCCGAUGGCGUCCGCCUUCACGCUUGGUUCAUUAAGCUCCUCCCUGAAUGCAGAGGUCCAACUGUCCUGUUUUUCCAAGAGAAUGCCGGAAACAUUGCGCAUCGUCUUGAAAUGGUCCGCAUAAUGAUUCAGAGGUUGCAGUGCAACGUGUUCAUGCUUUCAUAUCGAGGUUAUGGAGCAAGUGAUGGAUAUCCUUCGCAGCAUGGAAUUGCAAAAGAUGCUCAGGCUGCUCUGGAUCAUCUUUCACAGAGGACUGACAUUGACACAUCUAGAAUAGUCGUGUUUGGGCGGUCACUUGGGGGUGCAGUUGGGGCUCUGCUCACCAAAAACAACCCCGAUAAGGUUGCUGCAUUGAUCUUGGAGAACACUUUUACAUCCAUUCUAGACAUGGCAGGGGUUCUACUGCCCUUCCUAAAGUGGUUUAUUGGAGGCACAGGUUCAAAAGGGCCUAAAAUUCUUAAUUUUCUUGUACGUUCUCCAUGGAGUACCAUUGACAUUGUUGGCCAGAUUAAUCAGCCAAUUCUUUUUCUUUCUGGAUUGCAAGAUGAAAUGGUUCCUCCAUCACAUAUGCAAAUGCUCUACGCUAAAGUAGCUUCUCAUAAUAGGGAAUGCAUCUUUGUGGAGUUUCCUAAUGGCAUGCAUAUGGACACUUGGCUUGCUGGUGGUGAUCACUACUGGAGAACUAUUCAGCAGUUUAUUGGAAACCAUGUUCCAGAGGUAAAGGAACAUGAAUCAUCCCACGAUGACAAAGAUACUGAGGGGAGUUGCAGCAAUUAAAAGCUCUUUGUGAUGAAUUCCGCUCACUGAAUAGUGAAAUCAGUUCAAGGCAUUAUGGUUUUCUUUGAGAUUUUUGUUGGUUUUACAAGCUCCAGCAGAUGUUUAGAAAUAUGAACGCCCAUUGGUAUACUGUACACCAUUUGAUACAUCUCCUUAGCUAGUGAAUUCUGACGGGUUCUGAUUGUAUGAAAGAAAUCUCUGAAAAUUGAAAUAAAUUCUUGGAGUUCAUAUGCUGGACUCGUGUGUUUCCUA